AUGAAGAUCUUGGCUCUGUUUGCGAUUCUCGGAGGGUGCUUGGCUCAGUUUGGCCCAAACACUUUGCCAGGACGAACAUCUAUUGUUCACCUAUUUGAAUGGCGUUGGAUAGACAUUGCUGCAGAAUGUGAGCGUUAUUUGGGACCUAAUGGUUUUGGAGGUGUUCAGAUUUCUCCACCAAAUGAAAAUAUCGUCCUUACUGACCCUUUUAGACCAUGGUGGGAAAGGUAUCAACCAAUUAGCUACAAACUUUGUUCAAGGUCAGGAACUGAAGAAGAGUUCCGAGAUAUGGUAACCAGAUGCAACAAUGUUGGGGUAUAUAUUUAUGUAGAUGCUGUAAUUAAUCACAUGUGUGGAGCUUCUGGAGGAUCUGGCACUCAUUCAACUUGUGGAACUUACUUUGAUGCAGCAACUGAAAGUUUUCCAAGUGUUCCAUACACUUCCUGGGAUUUCAAUGAUUCGAAAUGCAAAACUGCGAGUGGUAACAUUGAAAACUACAAUGACAAGUAUCAGGUUAGAGACUGCCGGCUUGUCAGUCUUCUUGACCUCGCUUUGGAAAAAGAUUACGUCCGAGACAAAGUCACAGAGUAUUUGAAUACUCUUAUUGAUGCUGGUGUAGCAGGAUUCCGAAUUGAUGCAACAAAGCAUAUGUGGCCUGGUGAUUUGAAAGUAGUGUUCAGUAAAUUGAAAAAUUUACCUACACGUUGGUUCAGCGAUGGCUCCAAACCUUUCAUUUUUCAAGAAGUGAUUGAUCUCGGUGGAGAGGGUAUUCAAGCGUCAGAAUAUUUUGACACUGGAUCUGUUACUGAAUUCAAACAUAGUGCCAAAUUGGGUUACGUGAUCCGCAAAUGGAAUGGAGAAAAAAUGGCUUAUUUAAGAAACUGGGGAGAAGGAUGGGCCUUCAUGCCUAAUGACAAAGCUUUGGUGUUUGUGGACAACCAUGACAAUCAACGAGGACAUGGUGCUGGAGGUUCUUCUGUACUUACGUUCUGGGAUUCCAGGCUUUACAAAAUUGCAAAUGCUUUCAUGCUUGCACAUCCGUAUGGCUUCACCCGUGUGAUGUCAAGUUUCCACUGGGACAGGUAUUUUGUUAAUGGAAAGGAUGUGAAUGACUGGAUGGGACCCCCAAGCCAUAGUGAUGGAUCAACUAAACCUGUCACCAUUAAUCCAGACACCACCUGUGGCAAUGGCUGGAUCUGUGAGCACAGAUGGCGUCAGAUCAAGAACAUGGUUAUCUUCCGUAAUGUGGUGGAUGGCACGGCAUUUGAAAACUGGUGGGACAAUGGAAACAAUCAAAUUGCUUUUGGACGUGGAAAUAAAGGCUUCCUUGCCAUUAACAAUGAUGACUUGAACAUGAAUGUAACCCUACAGACUGGUCUCCCUGGUGGCACUUACUGCGAUGUCAUCUCAGGACAAAAGGAAAAUGGAAGCUGCACUGGGCUUCAGAUCAUUGUUGAGGAUAAUGGAAACGCUCACUUCACAAUCAGCAAUACUGCAGAAGAUCCAAUGGUGGCCAUUCAUGUCAAUGCAAAACUGUAAUUAAAUUCACCAAUGAGGCAGGUAUAUUAA